AUGGAGGAGCUCCGCCGCACAUUUUUUACAUGGGAGCGAGAGCCCUAUCCAACUGAUUUGUUGGCCAACGAGACUCGUUUGGUGGCCUUGCUACCGGGCAAAUGGAACGACGACAUUCGAUGCGAGCUCUUCCGCGUUUCUGGUGAAAGCGCGAUUGAACGACCUCCUUACCAGGCCUUGUCAUAUGCAUGGGGCGCACCGGGCCAGCAGGCGUCCCAUAUUCAAGUGAACGGUUGUGAGUUCUCCGUGACCGUGAACCUCAGUACGGCUCUGAGAUUUCUUCGGGAGAACGACGAGCCUAUAGUUCUCUGGAUAGACGCCCUGUGUAUCAACCAGCAAAAUGAUACAGAGCGCUCUUCACAGGUCGCUAAGAUGCGCGACAUAUACAGCGCAGCGGACCAAGUAAUCAUAUUCCUUGGGGAUGACUUAAAUCCUAGAGCAGGGAAAUCUUUCAGGCGAGACGCUAGGCCCUGUGUCCGGUUCACGGGACACGAUUCAGAUUCAGACCUCAUAAGACAGUACAUGCGAAAGUGGGCGUCAUCGCUCACAACUGAACAGGUUUCGGCACCUGACAUAUUCUGCCUCUUCGCUAUCUUGUCAAGACAAAUUGAUCGCCCCAGAUUCCCAAAGGAGAUCCCAGUCCGCCACCUGGGUGCCAUUUUUGAGGCGGUCCGGACUAUGCUCACAGCCCGCUGGUGGGAUCGAAUUUGGGUUGUUCAAGAAGCCGUCGUGGCUGAUCAUAUGAUCGUGAGAUAUGGCAAUGCUUCCAUGCCCUGGAAGACGCUCGCUACCGUGGCGAGUCUCUGCUACCAAGACGCUUCUUCAAAUUGGCCUGAUUCGGUCUCGCCAGAUGACAGAAAAGUCCUGCGACUUCUCUCCCGUGUGAGGGACCUGGACCACUUUCGGCAGACUUGGCGAGCCCAGUCACAGAAAUUAGAUCUCCUCGCAUUGCUCAGACAGUUCUGUAAUCGCACUUCAUCUGAUAGUCGUGACAAGAUAUUUGCACUCCUGGGUCUAUGCGACCAAUCACAGACUCUGAAUCCCGACUAUUCGUGGGAUGAAGUAACGGUGUACGUGAAAUAUCUCGUACAGAUGAUCCAACAGAAAGGUUCACUCUCCCCAUUGAACGGGGAUAUUGGACGCAAAAAAAGGCGAGACAUGCCAUCCUGGGUGCCCAAUUGGAACGCUACUUUCGAUGAAUCUGACCGUGGACGACUGGCUCUUUCGGAGCUGUACGACGCCUGUGGAGGGGUUGCUAGUAUCGUAUUGAUGCAUGAUGAUCAAAGAGGGUCAUUUGUUGAUUAUUUUGAUUAUCAUCCACCGGAAGGUUGGGAUCGCGGCAAAACCAGCUCACAAAUCGAAGAGGGCAUGGCGCGAUUAGUUGAGUCUCUAGAAAGCGAGAGUCAACCAGAAGCGUAUUUGCCGGAGAGUGUUGGACACUGGCUGUGGGACAAUGCGGGGAUCUUAAGACCUCUGGAUGGACCCGUCAGCAAAUGGGAGGCCUUGCUGCAAAAGCUGAUCUCGUUCUGUCAUCCACUGGGACAGAGACAACCCACGCGAUUUAUCAACCACAGCCUGCUGAUCGUUGAAAACAUAAACGUGGACGGUUGCACAAAUUGGUCUUUGCUAGCGAAAGGGCGAUUCCUUGGGACUGUAAUCAAAGUCUUCGAGCCCUUAUACUCUUGUAGCGACACAGAGGCAGUGCUAAAUGAAACGAAACGCUGGUUUGAGAUGAGCCUCUCUCUUAACAAAGAAUAUGAACCGUCAAAUCUUGCUGCUAUGUUUGCAGAAACUUUGCUAUCCAGUGCCAAACUAACCGAAAGCGGCCCUGAGAGACUGGGAGUACAAGACAAAGCUCUGUUGGUCUCCUGGCUUAGGCGCGCCUUAUGGAAAGAAGACUUCGCUCAACAAUUUUAUCAUCCGUCCCAGACCCUGCCUCAAGAUAUCGAAUUGCUUGAUCCCUUGGUUGCGGAGUCAUUUUCAGCUGCUAUGCGACUUUCUAUCACUAAACGGGCGUUUUUUAUUACGAACGACAGCAGAAUUGGUUUGGGGCCAAUAUCGAUUCGAGAAUCGGACGAGAUAUACAUCCUUCCUGGUGGGAAAAUGCCCUUUAUCCUCAAUAGAAGCCCUGGCCAUUCUAGACCCCCGACAUUUGAUCUGGUGGGUGAAUGCUAUCUUCAUGGAUGUAUGGAUGGGCAGAUGGGUUUGCCAAACGAGGGGGGGAUUCCAGACCAUCCUUACUUUUGGCCUUAUAGGCAAGAACCUCAUGUGCUUGCCUCCUAUGAGAUUCAAGGGGAGGGUGAGCCAGAUAUACGGUGGAUCUCUGUAUGGUAG